AUGGUUGGGAGGGUCAUGGGCUGGAGUGCUGCACUGGCGGUACUGAGCGCGACGACAGCCGCCACCACACCCCAAGCAUCUGCGCUGCUCGAGUUGGACGAGCUACGGAGUGCCGCCGUACGACAUUUGGGACUUGAGGUGCUGUGCAGCUGCCUGGCGGUUGCCGUACUUUACAUGGGUCUGCGUGGGAGCAAGCCCAGGUCUGCAGGCCUGUUCAGAUACGACAUAGACAGGCCGCUGGCGCUGACGGUGGCGACACUAGCAGCGGUGUCGUACCCACUUGCUGAUCCAGUAUUGUACGGCAUUUGGUCCUACGUGGAGCAGGCGGUUGGCUUGACCGGUCAGCUCCCCGACCCAGGGGCCAGUUUGGUGACCCAGCUCCGCGGGUGUGUGGAGGUGUGGGACGUUCCAAGCAUCGCCAUGCACGUCCUGGCGUCAUGUCUCGUGGGACCACUUUGGGAAGAGACCUUCUGGCGGGGUUUCUUCCUGGCCUCCCUCAGUCGAGUGCUGCCACUGCCCGUCUGCGUGGCGCUGAGCUCCUCCGCCUUCGCCGGGCUGCACCUGGGCCCCGGUAACCUGCUGCCCAUUGCCGGGCUGUCCGCCGUGUGCGAUGUGCUCUACCUGCGUUCGGGCAGUCUGGCGGGGCCUCUGCUUUUCCACGCAGGGUGGAACGCAUACCAGCUGGCGGGGAUAGUGCUGGCAGGGAAGGACAGCUUCGUGUGA